AUGUCUUCUUCGGCAUCCAAUGCGGCAUCGUCGAUGGGCGUGCAUACGUCUUCCUCGCUUCCCACCCUCUCUGCCUCCAUGAAACCACUGGGAUACCAAGUUGCGGGCAGAGGUUCGUCCUCGGGCUUCAGUCGUGCUCUUGUGGGAGCUGUGACAUUCUUACCAGGGGGUCUGUUUUGGCUCAUUACGUUUACAACAAUUACACUGCCAACAUGGUUGUUCACCUUGUUCUCCAUGAGCCUAACUUUCACCAUGAACUUCACCACACUGCUCCUGAUCGUUCUCGCUAUAGUCUCCACCAUCAGCUGGUUCGUUCGCUAUCGCUUCCUCAAUGUAUACACUCGUCUGCCGCAGGAGCCUCAGAGAAAAGAGCCGCAGUUAGAUCUAUUCCCAGACACUCAAGAAGGAGAUUCAAAGCCAGGGCUAUCAAACUAUCUCGAUGAAUUUCUGAGUGCAAUCAAGGUGUUUGGAUACCUAGAAAGACCCGUCUUCCAUGAGUUGACGAGGACAAUGCAGACUAGAAAGCUCAUUGCUGGGGAAACUCUACUGCUCGAGGAAGAGAAGGGCUUUUGUCUGGUCGUGGAUGGCCUUGUCCAAAUCUUUGUCAAGUCGCUGAGGGACGCUUCUGAUGACAGUGCUGAGCAAAUAGACCUCUUCGGCGAAGAAGAGGGGUACCAUGAAGGCAAUCAAGGAUACCAAUUGCUUACAGAAGUCAAGAAUGGAGCGUCCAUGUCCUCUCUCUUCUCCAUCUUGUCACUCUUCACUGAAGAUGUAAAGCUACGCCACGACGACGGAAACCCUACUGCCGCAGUAUUUCAUAAUAGCACCUCUCAUACACCCGAGUCAGGCAUUGCUAGUCCUGCAACCCAGCCAUCGACGCCAGCUGUGGCAGCCCAUGGCCCUCCAGGUCAUAUGCAUAGGAAAAGACUGCCCUCGGUCCCACCGUUGACUCUUGAGCCUCCCUUUGACGAGCACGAAUACCCACAGUCUGAAGCGAAUCGGAGGAAGGCAACCUCAGCACACCCUGACAUUGUUGCCCGUGCUACAGUGGACACCACAAUUGCGAUCAUUCCAGCAAGCGCCUUUCGUCGAUUGACGAGAGUAUAUCCCAAAGCCACCGCUCAUAUAGUCCAGGUGAUCUUGACACGACUGCAUCGGGUAACAUUGUCAACCGCUCACCAGUACCUAGGAUUAACUUCGGAGGUUCUGCAGAUUGAGAAGUCAAUGAACAGAUUUACGAGCUUUGAUCUGCCCAACCAUCUGCGAGGGAACGCCCUCGACAGAUUGAAGGACAAGUUCACCAAAGAACGGGAUCGCAUCGGCCCGGAAGAGCUGACCAAAGGAAUCGCACUGCACAAUCCCUCUGUAGGCAGGCGGAGGUCGUCAAGCGGACUACGACGGGAAGCUGCUAUCGCCGCCAGGGCUGCUACUGCCCGUGGACCUCCACUAGCAAUGACUCCGAAUGUCCCACGUCCAGUGUUGGGUGAUAGAAAUGUUAGUUCUGGUGAUCUUCACGGAAGCUCAAGACCCAGCCAGAGACCAACUAGCAUGCACGUUCGAUCGACUUCCAACUGGACGGGCAUGGGUGCCCCCGAAGCAUCAAAGUUGGACCUCAGUAGCCCCAUGGCAAAUCGUGAGCAGGCCUACUUUUCUCCAUUCGGCAGUGAGAUACCCCAUCGACAAGAUUCUGUGGCCGAAGAUGGCUUGUUCAGGGAGUCUAUCUUGGAAUGCAUGGCCAAGGCACUCGGCCUCAGCGAGCCUAUUAAUCAGUCGUUGAAGCGUGGAGCUGCUUCUGUCGAACAGAGCCCACGUCUCAUUUCGUACGAUGCAAGAAGACAGACUGCGAUUUUCAACAACGCAUUCGGGUUCAUCGACCCCUAUGACGAGCUGGCUGACGGUGAUUCCGAGUCAGUGUCUACGUCGGUAACCAAUGUCAGUGGCCUGCACGGCCAGUCUCUCCAUGACGAACUGAUCGAUGAUGUGGAGAUUGUUUUCUUUCCCAAAGGAUCAGUUCUGCUUGAGCAGGGUGAGAGAAACCCUGGUCUUUACUAUGUUAUCGACGGAUUCCUGGACGUCAGUAUCCCGGUCGAAGAGAAGGAGGAAAGGAAAAUGGCUUAUCCAUCGAGAGCUAGCACAAAUGGUCAUGACGAGCCGUUCCCACGACUACGGCGCACAAAAACAUCGACCUCUCGGGCUUCAUCGAUUCCAGGUGGUCCUGGUCAGUCAAAAGAAGGGAAGCGAAUGGUCCAAAAGUCGUUGUUCUUGGUAAAGCCUGGAGGCAUCGCGGGAUACAUCGGCACUCUGUCAUCUUACCGUUCUUUCACUGAUGUCACGGCCAAGACAGAUGUGUACGUGGGAUUCCUGCCACGUGCAGCUCUGGAACGUGUUGCGGAGAGAUAUCCUAUUGUUCUGUUGACGAUGGCUAAGCGCUUGACAAGUCUGCUUCCGCGUCUCAUCCUUCACAUCGACUUUGCCUUGGAAUGGGUUCAAGUUGAUGCCGGCCAGGUCAUACAUCAUCAAGGAGAUGAUAGUGAUGCCAUUUAUAUUGUUCUAAAUGGUCGACUAAGAGCAGUCCGCGAAGCUGAUGGUGGCAAUAUGCGGGUGACCGGCGAAUAUGGCCAGGGAGAGAGCAUUGGAGAACUCGAAGUCAUGACAGAUGCAACCAGACCGGCGACAUUACAUGCAAUACGAGACACGGAACUCACAAAGUUCCCAAGGAGCUUAUUCAACAGUCUUGCCCAGGAGCACCCGACAAUCACGAUACAGAUAUCAAAACUUAUAGCUCAACGAAUGCGAGCGUUGGUGGAGGCCCCAUCAACGGAGAAGGGCCAGGAGAGAAAGAAAGCUGCGGUGGGCGAAUCUCAGUCGUCAAAUUACAAUUUAAGGACCAUAGCGGUAUUACCAGUGACGGCUGGAGUGCCGGUGAUCGAGUUUGGUAAUCGACUGUUGGCUGCCUUGAGUCAGGUCGGCGUUCUAAACGGUGUCUCCCUACUGAACCAAGCCAUCAUUCUCAACCAUCUUGGGCGUCACGCUUUUAGUCGAAUGGGUCGGCUGAAAUUGUCUCAAUAUCUUGCAGAUCUCGAAGAAAAAUACGGCAUGCUGCUCUAUGUUGCUGAUACAAGUGUCAACGCUCCGUGGACACAGACUUGCAUUGCGCAAGCUGAUUGCAUCUUGUUGGUCGGGCUAGCUGAGGCCUCUCCCAGCAUUGGGGAGUACGAGAGAUUUCUGCUCGGCAUGAAAACGACAGCCCGCAAGGAUCUUGUUCUUCUCCAUGUUGACCGAUAUGUUCAACCUGGACUUACAAGGAAGUGGCUGAGGAAUCGAAUGUGGAUCAAUGGGGGGCACCAUCACCUCCAGAUGGCCUUCCGGGUCAGUCCUGAAGCUACGCCUCAUGCUCAGCCUAGGCGACUUGGAACUGCCAUUAAGCAGAGAGUGCAGGUCAUCCAAGCGGAGAUACAGAAGUACACAUCAAGGAGAGUUCGGCAAGCUCCUCUUUACUCGACAGAGACACCGUUCAAAAGUGAUUUUCAUCGGCUGGCACGACGACUGUGCGGCAAGUCUGUGGGCCUCGUCCUUGGUGGCGGGGGUGCUCGCGGUAUAGCCCAUGUUGGAGUCAUCCGAGCUCUGGAGGAGGCUGGCAUCCCCAUCGACAUAAUUGGCGGCACAUCGAUCGGAGCGUUCAUGGGUGCUCUCUACGCGCGCGACGCCGACGCGGUACCUAUGUUCGGCCGAGCGAAGCAGUUUGCAGGUCGAAUGGGUAGUAUGUGGCGAUUCGCCUUAGACCUUACCUACCCGACUGCUUCGUACACGACGGGCCACGAGUUCAACCGGGGUAUCUUCAAGAUUUUUGGCGAUUCACAGAUCGAAGACUUUUGGCUCUCAUUCUAUUGCAACACGACCAACAUUAGUAAGUCCAGAGCGGAGAUUCAUACGUCGGGAUACGCAUGGCGAUACGUCCGUGCAAGCAUGUCUUUGGCCGGCUUAAUUCCACCAAUUUGUGACGACGGUAGCAUGCUCCUAGACGGUGGAUAUAUCGACAAUCUUACCGUUGCUCACAUGAAGAGUCUGGGAGCAGACCUCGUGUUCGCCGUGGACGUGGGUAGCCUGGACGAUGAUACACCGCAGCAAUAUGGUGAUACGCUGUCUGGAUUUUGGGCACUUUUGAACCGCUGGAAUCCCUUCUCCUCCAUACCAAAUCCGCCCACACUCAGUGACAUCCAAGCACGAUUGGCGUACGUAAGUUCUGUGGAUGCGCUGGAAAGAGCAAAAAACACACCGGGCUGCCUGUAUAUGAGGCCGCCCAUUGACGCGUAUGGGACACUGCAGUUUGGAAGUUUCCAAGAGAUUGUCGAGAUAGGGCACUCUUACGCGAAGGAAUUCCUGGCUCGCUUGAAGAAUGGAGGAGAACUGGACGGUGUGAUCGAUGCAUGGGCUGCAAACAACGAUGAGAAGGGCAAGCAGCUUCUUCGGGCCAUGGCACCGAGAAGAGCGUCGAUAUAA